AUGGCCUCCCUCCCAAACCUCCACCCCGCCCUGACGCUGCACCUCUUCGACCGUGCCCUGACGCCCAUCAUCUCCUCGGCGGACGUCUCCGAGCCCGGCAGCACCCGCUCCGCCGCCGUGGCCUCGCUCUCCCGCAGCGCCCUGGCCGCCUACGGCUCGGCCCAGCGCCUCGAGAUGGGCAGCCCCGUGCGGAUCAUGGUGGAGUGCGAGUUCCCGCCCGGCGACGACGGCGGGGGCAGGGCAGGCGCAGGCGCAGGGGGUAAGGGCGGCGUUGGGCCUGUGGUUCUGAGCUCGUUUGUCGAGCCGGCUGGCGAGGGCGGAACAAGGGUGGCGACAUCAUCAGGAAGAAGGAGAACGGCAACAAGAACGAACACUACGACCACUACAGCGGGAUCGGCAGGGGGUCCGGAUUCGGACCCCGACGACGCCGACAAUCGAAAGCUCAGUCCCAACAGCCACCGCCCGCCACCGACAUCACCAUCACCAUCGCCGUCGCCAACACCAUCACCACCACAGCACGGCCCCGGGCCCGGCUCAGGCAACCCCGCCAACGCGGCUCCCGUGCUGUUCGGUAUCGUCGUGGCGCCGGACGCGGCGGAGCACGGCGGCGAGGCGCGCAGGGCGGCGGGGCGGCUGGAGCGGGUGGCGAGGGGGUUCCAGGCCGCGUGGGCGGAGGAGCAGGCGGGCGGCGGGGGGGGGUGA